GACGUGUAGUUAUGUGGAACGUCCACAUGUUUUUGCGUGCAAACCCCCCUUCUAGUACUGCAGAGCUUCAUCCAUUCCGAAACCAACCCGAUGAAUCGGACAGCCUUAAUAUUAUUUUGUUACGUGUCAAUUCUGUGGUGAUCAGUACCUGACAAUGGCAGGGGAAAUGUCCAUGAUCGGAUCAGUCAUUCUGGCUCUUUUUCUGGCUGGCUAUCUUGGUCAGCAGUACCUGCCUCCACCAAAACCAAAAGUGAUUGGCCUAGAUCUGGGGACCACUUUUUGCUCGGUAGCAGUAUUCCACCCGGGUACAGGGGAUGUGGAGGUGAUUGCGGAUAAGGAAGGGCGGAAGAGCAUUCCUAGUGCGGUGUCAUUUACUCCUUCCGAAGUUCUUGUCGGUCACGAGGGUCAGAAUCUGGCUGACACAAACCCUCAAAAUACCAUAUAUGAUGCAAAGCGGUUUAUUGGAAAGAUAUUCCAACCAGACCUACUCGAACAGGAAAGUGCUCGUUAUCCUUUCAAGGUGAUCAACAACAAUGGCAGUGCAGAGUUUUUGGUCACCACCAAUCAGACAUUUACAGUUACUCCAGAGUUCAUCGGUUCUCGGCUACUGCUGAAGAUGAAGAAGAUGGCAGAGCGACACCUGGGCGUCUCCAUCCAGAAAGCUGUGAUAUCGGUCCCUGCCGAUUUCGAUGAGAGACAGAGAAACUACACUGUCAGAGCUGCCAACCUCGCUGGUCUGGAAGUCCUCCGUGUGAUCAACGAGCCCACGGCUGCAGCUAUGGCUUAUGGGUUACACAAGGCGGACGUGUUCAACGUGCUGGUGGUGGACUUGGGAGGAGGGACACUGGAUGUCUCCCUGCUCAACAAACAGGGGGGCAUGUUCCUGACAAGAGCCAUGGCAGGCAACAACAAGCUUGGGGGCCAGGACUUCAGCCAGAGGCUGCUCCAGUACACCAUGGAGCGAGUUCAGCAGCAGUACGGUACACCCCCCACCCUGAAGGAGGACAUUCACCGCCUCCGCCAGGCCGUGGAGGCUGCCAAGCUCAACCUCACCCUGCAGUCCAGCGCCCACCUCCGCGUGCCCCUGCUCCUGGAACUCCAAGGGCCCGCCAAGGACCCCCUCCCAGUCAUGUUCCAAGCAGUCGUCACCCGCCAGCUGUUUGAGGAGUUGAACGCCGACCUCUUCCGGAAGAUUCUGGCUCCUGUAGAGACGGUGCUGGCCGAGGGCCAGCUAGGAAAGGAGGAAGUGGAUGAGAUUGUUCUGGUGGGAGGCUCCACCCGGAUUCCCAGGAUCAGGAGGCUGAUCAGUGAGUACUUUGGGAAGGAGCCCAACACCUCGGUGGACCCAGACCUGGCGGUGGUGACGGGGGUGGCCAUCCAGGCUGGCAUCAUGGGAGGCUCCUGGCCCCUACAGGUCAGCGCUAUAGAGAUCCUCAACAGACACCUCCGCAAGACGAACUUCAACUGAUUUAGCCUCGAGAGGGGGCAAGGGGCCAUUAGGAUCCUACCAGACAUUAAACAAUGGUUGUGCAUUUAACUGUUAAUUGUGCUUCUCCAUCCUCACCAGGUGUGCAAUAGUAUGCUGAGGUUAAAGGAUGAUCUCAACUGUAAAACUGUUACUGGAAAUUACUCACAGAGAAGCUCAGAUAGCUACAUCAACUGUUUACUGCCAGACCCACUUCUAAGACCAACUGUUGUAGUUUGAAAUUGCGUUUAAUUCAGGGAACAACCUUUUAUUUCUAGAGAAUUGUGACCAGCCAACACACUUUCAGAUAUUUAUUUAUUUAUUUAGUGUGUUUGUACUGCGGGCGUGCGUGCGUGUAUAUGAUUUAUGUGUUUUUGUUUUCUUCCCAUCUGUGGAUAACAGUAUGCCUGUGCCUUUUCGUAGAGCUGCUAUGUUGUCUGGUGCUUUUAACAGUCACCUGAUCCUAAGGUCCACCAGUGUUUUAAGGGAGUCAAUCUCUUGACUAGGGCACUGUUCUGUAGUUACUGGCUUUAGAUUCAAGCAGUAGCUGAUGCUUAGCUUUGGGAGAAGUUAUGGUUUAGUUGGGGAUAACUGAUGAAGUAAUUGAUUAAAUAAGGGACACAGA